AUUAUUAAGCAAAUUAUUUAUUUUCAUAAAGUCAACUAAGGAAUUAACUAACCAUGUCGACUAACUACUCAUAUAUGGACCAAGGUGCUGGUCCAGUUCAAGGUGUUGCAACUGUGUUGUGUUGUAACUGUGGUGUUCCAAUGGAUGGAUCACAAGGGUUAGUAAUGUGUCAUGAUUGUAUAAAAUUAACUGUUGAUAUAACAGAAGGUAUACCUAGAGAGGCAAAUGUAUCAUUUUGCAGAAAUUGUGAACGUUUUCUUCAACCUCCUCAACAAUGGAUCAGAGCUGAAUUAGAAUCAAGAGAAUUAUUAGCAUUAUGUUUAAGAAGAUUAAAAGGGUUAAAUAAAGUAAGGUUGAUUGAUGCAUCAUUUAUUUGGACUGAACCUCAUUCUCGUCGUAUUAGAGUGAAGUUAACCGUUCAAGGUGAAGCUCUUCAAAAUACUAUUGUUCAACAAACUUUUGAAGUUGAAUAUGUUGUCAUUGCUAUGCAAUGUCCGGAUUGUGCAAAAUCUUAUACUACAAAUACAUGGAGAGCAACGGUUCAAAUCAGACAAAAAGUCCCUCAUAAAAGAACUUUCUUAUAUUUAGAACAAUUAAUUUUAAAACAUAAUGCUCAUGUCGAUACUGUUUCUAUUAAAGAAUCCAAAGAUGGGUUAGAUUUCUUUUAUGCACAAAAAAAUCAUGCUGCAAAAAUGUUAGAUUUCUUAUCUGCUGUUGCUCCCAUUAAAAAUAAGAGAUCAGAAGAAUUAGUAAGUACUGAUAUUCAUUCUGGUUCAUCUCAAUAUAAAUUCUCCUUCUCCGUUGAAAUUGUUCCUAUAUGUCGUGAUGAUUUAGUUAUUUUACCUAAAAAAUUAGCUCAUUCAUUAGGGAAUAUUUCUCGAGUGGUAUUAUGUAAUAAAGUUACUAAUCUGAAUCAAUAUUUGGAUCCAAAUACUUUACAAACUGCUGAUUUACCUGCUUCUGUAUAUUGGAGAAAUCCAUUCCCAUCAUUAAUCGAUGCAACUCAAUUAACUGAAUUCAUUGUAUUGGAUGUGGAACCAACUGGUGAUAUUAAAGGUAAAUAUGUUUUGGCUGAUGUUGAAGUUAGUCGUGCUGUUGAUUUAGGAGUUAAUGAUACCUCAUUUUAUGUCAGAACUCAUUUAGGUGGUAUUUUACACCCUGGUGAUUCAUGUUUAGGUUAUUAUUUAGUCAAUUCCAAUUUUAAUUCUGAUUUAUGGGAUUCAUUGGAUUCAGGUAAUACUCCAGAAGUGGUAUUAGUUAAGAAACAUUAUGCAAGAAAAUCAAAGAAAUCUAAGAAUAGACAAUGGAAAUUAAAGAGAAUGGCUAAAGAACAUAGUGAUAUUGUGGCCAAUGAUGAUUCAAGACAAGCAAGACAAGAACAAGAACGUGCUGAAAAGGAUUAUGAAUUAUUCUUACAAGAGUUAGAAGAAGAUGAAGAAUUAAGACAAACUAUUAAUAUGUAUAAAGCUGGUAAUACUGCUCCUGCUGCUGCUGCUGCCACCACUGCCCCAGCAGGUCAUGUUGAAGAAGAAGAAGUCGAAGAAGAUGAAGAUGCACCAGAAAUUAAUAUUGAUGACUUAUUAGAUGAAUUAGAUGAAAUGACUUUAGAAGAUCAUCCAAUGGAAUAAGUCAGUCCACAUAGCAUUAUUUAAUUUAGUAAAUGGGUUAAGGGUUUGUAAAAUAUAUCAAGUAAUUAUAUAGAUCAUAAUAAAAAUUAUCCGAAUUUCCUGCAUA